CGCGAAACUGCCCCAACUUGCGACAGGAACUCCUCCCUUGAGGAAUUGAUAGAAUUGAACUGCUCUAUGGGAAGCCUCCCUUUUCUAUAUCCAAGAUGGAUACCCACCAGCAGCCUCCAGGCCAAACUCCUUCAAGCAAUCCUGCGCCGGACCAGCAGGCGGUUCCCAACCCAGACCAUUCACAGCAACGGGAACUUCCACAAUCACACCCCGAGGGCGGUACAAAGCGAAACAUGGAAUCAGAUGUCACUGGAGGAAGCCGAGGAGGUCGCAAGAAUAAGAGAAAAGAUCUGGGAAGGAAAGCUUGGAGCCGUCAAACCACAGAUAAAAGAGCACGGACAGAAGCCUCCCAAGAAUCGAAGCGCCGUAAAUUAGAGCGCGGAGAGGGAGCGCUGCCUAUCUAUGCUACAGAGUUCUCCAAAGAAGAUAUUGAAGCAGACCAACGACGCCCAAAAAAGAAAGUCGCUGUAAUGCUGGGAUAUUCGGGUAGUGGGUAUAAAGGAAUGCAAUUGAGCCCGACUGAAAAGACAAUUGAAGGCGAUUUAUUCACUGCUUUCGUCGCAGCCGGGGCAAUCUCCAAAGCAAAUGCUACAGACCCCAAGAAGUCGUCCCUUGUUCGAUGUGCUCGGACAGAUAAAGGCGUUCAUGCCGCUGGCAAUGUUGUCUCGCUAAAGCUCAUUGUCGAGGAUUCCGAUAUUGUGCAAAAAAUAAACGAACAACUCAGUCCGCAAAUUAGGGUAUGGGGCAUCGAGAUAACAAAUAAAAGUUUCAGCAGCUAUCAUUUAUGCGAUUCACGUAUUUAUGAAUAUUUAAUACCAACGCACUGCUUCCUACCACCGCAUCCUAGUACGUCCUUGGGUCAAAAACUAGUCGAAAUCGCCGAACAAGAGAAUGACCUAGAGGGUUAUAAGCAAAGGCAAGCGGAGGUCGCUACCUAUUGGAAAGAAGUUGACGAGAAAUAUAUUCAACCUAUCCUGGAACGACUGCCCGAAGUAACACGGAACCGUGUGAAACGGGCGCUAAUUGUUAAAUCUGAUACUGGCCCUGUGGACAGCUCUGAUUCCCAAGGUGAACAAAAACUAAAUCCAUCUAAUGAAGGAGAUGAUGCGCCCACCAGUAACGAGACAUCAAUCCAAACGAAUGAAAACAAGGACACUAGCGCUGAAGACGCCCAGACAGUGACAACCAACGACGCUAUCCGCAUGAUUCGAGCGGCCUACCUAGAUGCAAAGAGGGCAUAUCGCAUACCAAAAGAGCGAAUGGACCGCAUCAACGAUGCCCUUGGGAUGUACGUCGGUACAAGGAAUUUCCACAACUACACCAUCCAAAAAUCUUUCCGCGACGCGUCCGCUAAACGACUCAUCAAAUCCUUUAAGAUCUCGCGAGAUCCAUUGAUCAUCAACGGCACGGAAUGGCUUAGUCUUAAGGUCCACGGCCAGAGUUUCAUGAUGCAUCAGAUCCGGAAAAUGGUCGCCAUGGUUGCCUUGGUGGUGCGCUGUGGCUGUGACAUUCAGCGGAUCCCAGAGACGUACGAAGAUCAUAAAAUUGCCAUCCCCAAAGCGCCAGGGUUAGGCCUGCUGCUCGAACGUCCCAUUUUUGAUUCAUAUAAUAAACGAACUGUGGUUGAGUAUGGAAAGAACCCGAUAGACUUCUCCAAGUAUGAGAAGGAAAUUGAAGAGUUCAAACAGCGGGAGAUUUAUGAACGGAUCUUCCGCGAAGAGGAGGAGUCAAAUUCCUUCGGGAAUUUCUUCAACCACAUUGACACCUUUCAAGAUAGCGCCUUCCACUACGUGACGUCGGGAGGAAUACCCGCGUCCAAAUCCCGCGGAGGUACUGGUAAAGCACCCAUGAGCGGGAAGGCGGCGUUGAAAGAGGUUGAAUCCGAAUCCGAGGAUGAAGUCGUCAACGGUGGAGAGGAGGGCGGAUGAUUGUAAACCCGCGCGCGCGCAUGUGUGAAAACAGGCCCUAUUCGGGACGAUGGUGGAAGUCAUAUAUAGUCCUCAUAUACUCUGUACUGUACUUGUAUGCAUAGUUAUACCGUACAGUGAACAGCAGAAAAGCCUUACAAUAACGGUUACCCUGAAAAAAAUAAUUAAAAAAGCAUCUACUGUUUGUUCCCCCGUGCAGAAUUGGCACUGCCAGAUAGAUCAUUUCUGUGAUCCACUGUUUGUCCGGCUUUAGGACACUACAUCUACAACCGCCCUUCUCCAGCACAUCAACGAUAAAAAGCUCGAUCCCAUCGCAAAGGUAUAUAGAGAAAAAAUAUAAAUAAGAAGCCAAUAAUUCUUGCAUUAACUUAGCAUAUACAGUACAUAUAGAAACGCAAAAUUUCAACACAAAAUAUGUUUCCAUCGCAAUUAUAAAAGGUCAACCACAGCGGACACCACGCACAUCCACAAAAUCAGAGGACUUGUCGAAUAUGACGCAAAACAAAAAAGUCAAGAAAGGUACAAUACACAAAGGAAUAAGCAAAAGAAGGCAGUCAGUCAAAGGAAAACAAUUAGCCUAUAGGCUAAUAAAAUGUGGCAUGGAAGGGGCCAAAAAGCCGUUCAGUUUCAAACAAAACAAGAAACGAUAUCGUAAUACUCAUUCACUCUCACUGACAUUUCCCAUUGUUAAUUUCAAUCUUUUCUUCAUCGCUGGAACAAAACAGUGUGAACAAACAAAGGUGGGAAGGUCAAAAAAAGGAGGGAAGGAAAAACAAAAGGAAGCCGCAAAAGAAAGCUAAAAGGACAAAUCUCAAAGAGAGAAAAG